AUGCAGAAGUCCUGCAGACCUGUGCAGCGGCUCGCUGUCCUGUUUCUCAUCGUCUUUACAACCGGCCAGUGUCAACAGAACGGGAGCCGUCGCGCUGUGACCGAACACCAGCUGAUGCACGACCGCAGCAGAAACAUCCAGAGUCUGAAGAGACUCAUCUGGCUGUCCAGCGCCAUCGAGGGUCUCCACACGGCUCAGACUCGCUCUGCUGCGUACAGCCCCCCAAAAGUCCUGGACCUGGCUCUGAAUCCAGCGCUGGUCCCUGCUGCCGGGAGCCCCCAGCCCACCAGGGUGCAGAGCCUCCUGAGAGACUUCUUUAACCCUUACCUGACCCAACAGCCAGACAGAGAGGUCUGA